AGUGUGGUUUGCUUUUUGUCUGACUCUCUAAAAGUUUUAUAUAAUUGGAUCUUUAGGACAUUAUCCCUGAAGGAUCUGAAGCUUCAAAUCUCAGCUGCUGAACUUUAAAUUGUUCAGGGACAACGUGUAUUCCCCCAAAACAACAAAUGAUUUAAAUUUACGUAGUAUUUCAGUUGCUACCCUUUGAUAUUUUUAGUGAUGGUGGUAGUCAAUAAUUUUGAAAGAAAUGCAUUGAUUUUAUUGAUUUUACACAAUAACAUUUUUAAACAUGGAUGCAUUCAUUCUUCCUUGUACACAGCUAACUUUAUAAAGUAUAUCAAAGCAGUAUUUUAAGUGAAGUAGUAAAAUAAGACUGUCACAACGUUUGUAUUUAUGCCAACAUUUUAAACAUGGAGAACUGGGAGAAGAAUGAAAUUGAGAAAUAAGGAGAGAAUGCCAGCGGUAAUAAAGUGAAGACUGAAAUAUUGUAACAUAAACCAUAUGAUUGAGGGACUGACUCAUCUAUGAAAAAGCAAAAAGAGGAUGGCAGUGGGCUUGGCUAUUGUGACCAUGGAGGUUGUUUUUAAGAACAUGUAUUUGAAAAUAGAAUGGAGAGAAUCAGCAGAGAAGGAAACAGUAUGAUGUUGAUAACAAGCAAUAUAUGUGCAAAGCAAGGUAAGUUUUUAAUAAUUUUUUGUUUGUAAUAUGACAUGUAAAAAACCCCACAAACCCCUGAAGUGUCUUAAUUAAAAUAUGGGAGCUUAAAUCCUAUUUUCCAAGAAAUGCUAAUUUUUCUAAGGGAGUAUGUUUUCUGCAUUUGCUGGAUAUUCAUGGGUCUUGGUGAAUAAUAAGGGUAUUACCUGGGUAUAAUUUCUAGAAAAUUUCUUUGAUAUUUUUAGUGAUGGUGGCAGUCAAUAAUUUUGAAAGAAAUGCAUUAUUGAUUUUACACAAUUACGAGGAUAUGGUAUUCAAUAAUGAAUAAACUAUAUAUGGAUGUUAGUGUUUAAAUGGAUGGGCUAUUUUUUUAAUAUUGAUUUUUUAGUUAUAGGUGGAUACAAUAUCUUUAUUUUAUUUUUAUGUGGUGCUGAGGAUCGAACCCAGUGCCUCACGCAUGGUAGGCGAGCGCUCUAUCUCUGAGCCACAACCCCAGCCCGAGGUGGGUUAUUUUAAUGUGAUUUAUAAACUGUCUCUUAGAUAUAAUCACAAUGCAUUAAGCAGCAUCAUCCUUUCUGAAACAGUAUACAGAUCUCCUAAGUUCUCAGCUGGACAGAAUUCGUUUAGACCCAGAACUAUGUAGGUGUUGGUUUAAAAUCCAGUAAUUUAUUUAUUUUAACAUUCAUUCUCUUAUUCCAGGGAAGGUCAUUAUUGGUACAUUUAUUGUACAUUAUGAGCUUUCUUUCCUUCACUUAUCUGGCUUACUUUUCUAACUUGUACUCAAUAAUUUAUUCAAUGUCCAUUUAUAUUUUUUCUCAUUCAUCACUUUUAAAUCUUUAUUGAAAGCCUACUGUGCUAAGGAUAGGAUUGUGAGCUGAAAUUAAAAUAUUAAAUUUAUUCUUGUUUUCAGAUUCAUUGUUUUCUAAAUUUUAUUGUGGAAAAAUCAACUUUUAUGUAGAUCAAACCUGCUUCCCCCCUUGAUUAAUACAUAUGCUAUUCUAUGACUUCUUGUGAACACUGUGUUUGAAAUAGUGAAAAUAAGUUUGAGAGUGCUUUCAUAACUAAACAAACAUUAUACUUUAUUAAUUUCUUUAUGUCCUCAGAUGAAAGGAAGAGAAUUAUACUAGAAUAACUACAGGUGAAAGAAAGGAAAUGCAAGGAGAAAAUUUCACCAUUUGGAGCUUUUUUUUCCUGGAAGGAUUUUCCCAAUACCCAGGGUUAGAGAUUGUUCUCUUCAUCUUCAGCCUUGUAAUGUAUCUGAUUACCCUCCUGGGUAAUAGCAUUCUUAUUUUAAUCACUAUCCUGGAUUCACAGCUUCAAACCCCUAUGUACUUGUUCCUUGGAAAUCUCUCUUUCAUGGAUAUUUGUUACACAUCUGCAUCUAUUCCUACAUUGCUGGUGAACUUGCUGUCAUCCCGAAAAACCAUUAUCUUUUCAGGGUGUGCUGUACAAAUGUAUCUGUCCCUUGCUAUGGGCUCCACAGAGUGUGUGCUUCUGGCUGUGAUGGCGUAUGACCGUUAUGUGGCCAUUUGCAACCCGCUGAGAUACCCCAUCAUCAUGAACAGGCAGGUCUGUGUGCAGUUGGCCACCAUUUCCUGGGUAACGGGCUGUCUGACUGCCCUGCUGGAAACCACUUUUGCCCUGCAGACACCCCUCUGUGGGAAUCUCAUUGACCACUUCACUUGUGAAAUCCUGGCAGUACUCAAGUUAGCUUGCACAAAUUCACUGCUCAUGGACAUGAUCAUGCUGGUGGUCAGCAUUCUCCUCCUGCCCAUUCCAAUGCUCUUAAUUUGCAUCUCGUAUGUUUUCAUCCUCUCUACUAUUCUGAGAAUCAGCUCAGCAGAGGGGAGACACAAAACGUUUUCUACUUGUGGUGCACAUUUGACUGUGGUGAUCUUAUAUUAUGGGGCUGCCCUAUCCAUGUACCUAAGACCUUCUUCAUCAAACUCACAAGAAAUAGACAAAAUCAUCUCAUUGCUUUAUGGAGUGCUUACUCCUAUGUUAAACCCCAUAAUUUAUAGCUUAAGAAAUAAGGAAGUAAAAGAUGCUAUGAAAAAAUUGCUGGGCAAGAUAUUAUCGCAUCAAACAUGAACUUUUCUGAUUGGAUGCCUUUGUUUUACCAAGGAUAUGCCCCUGGCAGAAUUCACUGGAGAAAUUCUAGACACAUACAAUCACUUAGAGCUCUGCCUUGAACCUUAGCUUUAUGAUUUCCUGCGGAGUAUAUGUACACAAAGGAAUUGCUAACGGACUAGAGGAGGUUCCAAUUUGCAUUUAUGAAUAUUUCCUAUCUGGUAUUUCAUGGCUGUGAAGUUUGAGCUAUCAAAUGUUUGCUCUGGAAAGAAACUUGGAUAAAUGUGGAGCCAGUGAAUGUUAGUGCUGAAGAAACUUGUAUAUUUUUGUUGCUUGAAUCCUUUCAAAAGAAUGAACAAUAAAGAUUGGUGUUGAUUAUGGAAGUGAGAAAAACAUCAAAGAAAAAUUAAAAGGCUUAGCAUCACACAGCUGCAGAACUGAGAGGACAAUAUCCUUCUGACUUCUUGAUCAGAUCUACAUGGUAGUAGCUCCCUAACUACCUUUGUUAUUCAAAACUCCUGAUUAAAACUCCCUAUCUUCCUGAGCAAGGCAGUCAUUGAUGCCUUCUGUUCACCUUUUUCUUGAUUUUUUUUGGUUCUGGGGAUUGAACCCAGGAGCACUCAACCACUAAGCCAUAUCCCUGGCCCUUUUUUUGUAUUUUAUUUAGAGACAGGGUCUCACUGAGUUGCUUAGCGCCUCAUUAAGUUGCUGAGGCUGGCUUUGAACUCGUGAUCCUCUUGCUUCAGUCUCCUGAGCUGCUGGGAUUACAGGUGUGUGCCUCCACUCCUGGCUGCUGUUCGUCUUUUUCUAAGCAUAUUUGUGCAAACUGUAUGUGUUUCUACAACACUAUUCCUCUCAUAUAUGAAUCAGGUCUUUUUCAUUCAUGUUUGUAUUUUUUCUUCAUAGAAUAAUUGACUUCACAGUACAAGGAUUCCUGGAAUUUUGUACCUUUUGUAUUUAUAGCAGUCGUUUGGUAAAUUAAUACAUUUGUUAGCUUAAAAUAAUCACUUUAAUGAGAAGCAAGAACUACUGUGAAAAUUAUGCGAAAAAUAAACCAGGGAAGUGAGAUAUAUUUGCUUUAUAAAUAUAAAAUAUCACCAAGAUAAUAUUUAAAUUAACUGUUUUAAAUCUUUCAUUUGUAUAAAAAUAUUGCUUGUUUAAAAUGCAGAUUUGGGGCCCUAGUGCCAGAUAUUCUGAUUUAGUAGCUCUAGGAUGGUUCCCCAAUACUUUGCAGUUAUAAUAGAGCCCGAAGAAAUUCUGAUAAUGGUUAUGAGAUGACCUACUUUGUUUCUGGCAAAAAGCUCUCAUUCCAAAAAUAAAUAAAUAAAUAAAUAAAUAGAAUUUGUUCUCGCUUCUCUCUUUAUCCUUUCUUGUUUUACUCUUCCCUUCGUUCUUUCUACCUCCACUGUGCUUUCUCAGUUGCCUGCCACCCACUGUAGAGCAGAGAAGGGAGGAAGUUUUUGAAUGGAGAAACGUACAACUUGAUAAAUUUCAAAAUAUGAAAGGCUUAAAAAGUUUUAGUAUUGGAUGUUGAGUUUGGGAUUGUUUAACCCUGUGUCCAUUCCCUUAGCUCUAGAACUUCUGUUGUGUGUUCACAGAGGCAUAGCCCACAUGGAAAGAGAGUUGAAAUAAUCACAGCAAAAUUCUGGAGAUGGAGUAAGGGGACAAAUUUAAUGCCAGAUGUUGUUCUCAACAAAUGUUUGAUAGUAGGGGAUAGAAAUAAGCCCUGAAUGAUAGUUUUGGAAUAAUAAGAGAGCUGACAAGGAAGCAUUUAUCCUUAAAGUAACUAUUUUCUCUUUAGAUACCCUGAUCUUCCCGAUCCAACUGCCACAAUCAUUCCCUAGCAAUUUCAGUAUCAUGAAGUUGAAUUUUGUACUAGGGUUUUAUUAGAUUGGAGUUGAAUUUUAUGUUAGAGUAGAAUUCACUUUGAAAUUUAUUAUGUGUGGUGCCAGAUAUAAAUGGGGAUAGCCAGAGCUGUAGAGACAGCUGAAAUCUUUACCUGGAGAGUGAAUGUGGGGAUUUAGGGGCUGGACACCUCUGCCAUCAUCUGUCUGUUUUGCUAUAAAGAACUGAGAAAACUGACAUGAACCAAGUGUUUCAGAUUGGUAUAUGAACCAGAACAGCACAAAAAACAAACAAACAAACAAACAAACAAAAAAAUAGAUUGGAAAUGACUCUGAUGUCAGAAGAGGACCCAGGUGGGAACCUGGGCAGAUAUUUCCCCAGCAGCUCUUAGCUAAGAUAGUAGUUACAACUAUGUUUCAUAAAGUUUCUGUGAAUAACAAAUAAAUGUAUGUAAAUAUAAAAGCAUUUAUAUAUUAUAUUAAUCAUAAAGCUAAU